AUGCGUUUGCUUGCCACUUUAUUCACUGUUGUUACAAUAGUAAACGGAUUGGGAUGCAUGGUGAAGGUAUGCGGUGGGAAUGAGAAGAACGAUUUACGACGAUGUCCAGACGUGGAUGGUUCAUGUGGAAAUUAUCAUAGUGAAAGGUCAAAUGGUGAAAUAGUUGAUGGCGUGGAUAUUCGAUGUCCGGCUAAUGCGCCCGUGUAUGCACCUAUCGAAGGUGAAAUGUACUUCUGGAGGCCAUUCGGUGGAGCAGCCGAUAAGGCAUGCGCUGACCAUGGAGCUCGGAUUGAAGGGACUGGACAAUGGCAAGGAUAUGCUGUGCAUAUUUCUGCUGUCAAAUUGGACUUCUACGGCGGACGAGUAACCGCAGGAGAAGAAAUAGGGAAAGCAGUUGAUAGGAACUGCUUUGAGGAUGGCGCUCAAAAAGAUGUCGAACAGCACAUCGAGAUGAAACUGUACAAGGAAGGGAAACUGAUCGAUCCCACUUACCAUUUACAGAGUUGUAUGUGUACAGGACAAAUUUGUGAGUCGAACUCUAAAAACAAACUGCUUGGAGAGCCAUUCAAGUCGGAUAAAAGAUACAAUGGCGUUCGUGGAUGGGACAUCGAAUGCCGAAUGAUCGAAGACGAGGACGGAGGAGAAAAACGAGCACCAUUGAUAUACUCUCCAAUCGCUGGAGAACUCGUAGGAAGGACCCGCCUAAUUUUCGAUCAAAACGGAGCUUACUCAGGUUGUGACAACGAUGGAAUGUUUAUUGUUGGAACGGAAGAUUGGAUAGGAUUUGAAGCACGCCUCUACAAUGUGAAAACGAGAGAGGAUCUCGGAUUUGGUCGUAAACGAAUAAUACAAGGUGAACCAAUUGGAACACGGCUUAACUGUGAUAAUAGUCCGGACAGCGUUUUUCUUGAGAUCCGUUAUCAAGGCCGAGUGGUUGAUAUGAGCGAUGUGAUUUCGGCCGAAAAAUGUCAACUGCCACAAUUACCAGACUUGUUCAAAUAA